ACUUCAAUAUUAAUGCAUUUUUUCCUAAUCUGUCAAAGUAUUUUUGCAAACCGAGACCGACUUUCAUUUUACGAUCGAAAAAUAAUCUGCAUAAAAUUCCGGUACGGACAUGCCCUGCUGCGUACAACAGUGUCCCGAAGGGUCCGAGUUGGUCAGCUUUCCAAAGCAUGAAAAAUUUCAGAAGCGCUGGCAGGAUGCGAUCCGCAUCGGAAGCGGAACAAAGGUAGUUUUCGCGACCGAUAAUGAGCCUCAGAUAUGUGCUUCACACUUUCCUUACCCGGAGGAAUGUGUCUACCAGGAACCAACCUUCUUCGUGGACAGCACGGGUCAGCAAAUACAGGUGGCGAGCUGUCGGCUGUGCUUUCGUUUUCAACCGGUGUCCGAAAUGUUCUCCGUCGAUGGACAGCUGGCCAGUUUGAACAUAGGCAAUCUGAUUACGACCGCAUUGAAAGUGCGCGUGAGGCCGUACGAUUUUCUUCAGCAAAUCUGCCGGGAAUGUCUGGUGAAGGUCGAUCUGGUAAGGAGAGUGCAGAGUCAAUUCCUGAUUCGAGAUGUUCAGUAUCGAGACCUAGAAAUGAUGAAGGUUGCAUUUAAACCGCAGCAGACUCUUGUGAAAAUAGAACCUGACUGUCCACCGGACCCCAUGGAAAUAAGCCCUGAAGACAUGCUGGAAUCGAAGAUCACCGUAGAGGAGAUGACGGAAGUGGUUAAGACAGAGAAGGUGAAACGCGAACCGUCAUCCAGAAAACAGCCGAAAAUUAAAAAACCUAAUAAUCCAAUCAUGGAUAAGCCUAGAAAAAAGUAUAAAACUAAGGAACUCAAGAAAGUUACUACCAAAAAAAUUUGGUUGAGGACGAUCGGUGCCAGGACCUGCUACAUCUGUAGCUCGAAGGUUGAGUUCGAAAACACCGAUGAUCUUAACAAACACCUAACCGAAGAACAUGUCGGUCAGAUUGAUUACGCUUGCGAGCUUUGCGAUGGCAAGAGCUUCCCAGUUGUGUCCGGUUACAACAAUCAUCUCAGUCUGCAUGACGCUUCGGUGCGGCCGCUGAAGUGUAGCUUCUGUUCGCUGCGCUACUCGACCAAGAAGGGACUUCAGGUGCACGAAAACAAACUACACGGUGCCAAUCAUCAACUGCCGAAGGAGUGCAUUUCGAAUCGAGUGAAACCACAGUGCGAAUACUGUGGCAAGUUCUUCCCCUCGUUGGUCCGAGCACGGGAGCACAGGUUGGUCGUCCACGAGAAUAAAGUCGUGGCCGAGUGUAAAAUUUGUUUGAAAACGUUCAUGACAUCCGCCAAUCUUCGACGCCACAUGCUACUCCACACUAACGAACUGCCCUACGCAUGCGAGACUUGCGGGGUUCGUUUCCGUGUCAGCACCGAUUUGACGAAACACAUUCUGGCAGAUCAUCAAGGUAAAACGGCGUACCAUUGCAACGCCUGUAACUUACCAUUGCAGAACAAAACCGAAUACUAUCGUCAUCGGAACAGGGUUCACCUGAAGCCACAUCUACGACCAUUCAAAUGUCGUCUCUGCUUGGAGGUACCGCUGACUGCACAGGAUCUGGAAGCUCACAUCGAGGCUUGCCACCCGACAGAAGAUUAUCCGUACCGGCGCUGCACCGUGUGCGAGGAAAAGUUCUUCAAUAGUAUGAAACUGGGAGUGCAUAUGCGUAGCAAGCAUGGCAUCGGAAUCAAACACUCGCCGGCACGGAAAUCCUACGUGUGUGAUCACUGCGGCAAGGAGUACAUCCAAAAGCACAGCCUGCAGAUUCAUCUGGCCAAUGUGCACAACGCGGAGAAGGCGUACAGCUGCGAUAUGUGUGACAAGCGGUUCGUGUUCCUGAGCAACCUGACCCGGCACCAGGAAAUGCACAAGCAAAUUAAACGGUUCGCGUGCGAUUUUUGUGAUAAAACGUUUAGCCAGAAGACGGCCAUGAUGAAUCACCGGCGGAACAUUCACACCGGCGAAACGGCGUUCGACUGUCCGUACUGUGGGGCUGCAUUCAAGGAGAGUUCAACCUUCUAUCGACACAAGGCCGCCUGCAAACCAUCGGCUCAGUAAAUCAGUGGGGUCUUAGUAGAAGAAGUAAACAGACGAAUAAAUAAAAAAUAUUCUUAUAAUUUGUAAGAUCGAAAACGAGUUAAUGAACAAAUCAAUU